UUGAAAUAUCGAUAUUAGAAAAAAUGCUUUCACAGACCGAAACUUGAAUUCAGCGUGUUUUAUUUUAUUUACUAUUGAGAUACGUAUUCCGAAAAUGAGUAUGACGCAGUUUUUGAAAUUUGCCAAUUUAUCAAGGAUUAAUGAUUCCAGAGAUUUUCUGGGCAUAUCUCCGGGCGGUAUUAGUGGAAGCGUAAUAAUAACGUUAAGUAGGAAUAUUGUUAGUGUUGUUAAGAUUUCUUCACAACAGCAAAUUUGUAGUUGGUCGACGCAAGAGAAAUUCUCUUCAAAAGUUAUUUUUGACUGUACAUGUAACAAGUAUGUAGGAAUCUUCGGAAAUAGGUAUAUUCGUUGUUGGGACGCCUCUACCACUGAUUUAAAUUCGAUUAAAAAAAUUAAGUUACAGAAUUCUGUUGUGGAUAUCAUUCCUACCAAAAGCGAACCAAUAAUUCUGUAUUAUGAUGGCAAUUGGGAUCUACUUUCGGAGGCUCUUUCCUUAAAAAGAGAUGAUUCUCUUAUUCUUGAUUCAUUGGGAACACAUUUGAAAUGUGGUAACAUUAAGGACGUAAAUGCAAGUUUCUUAAUUAAUGGAGAACAAGUAUUAACGUAUUUUGUACAAGCUGAAGACAAUAACGAAAUAGAACUUGUUAUCAUUCCAUUGAAACUUGGUGGUAAAAGAAAAAGUUUAAAAAUUGGGCGAAAAGACAUGUCAGUCACUUUAGCUGGUUAUGCAAUCGUUGAAGGGGACAACAAUUCUUUGUUACUAACAAUUUGGUCAGAUCACAGGCUGUUUUUGCUUAACCUAGAUGAAUGCAUGGAAUCGGAAAAUUCUCCCGGAAGUUUUGUGUCUGUUAUUUCGACACUUAACGUUGAUAACCCCCUAUCUAUUUUAGGAAUAGCUAAGAAUUGCGUGGCAAUUUAUGGUUCAAACAAUAAUCAAGAAGGGGCUUCGUUGCUGUUAUACAACACACAAUUCAAAGUAGUUAAAGCACAACAGUAUUUCAAAGUGUUUUUCAAUUCUUCUCGCAUUUGGAUCAUUGACGACAAUAUUCUGAUAACUAUGGGUCAAAACUUAUCAGUGGUAACAUAUCGCAUAUCUCAAGAACUUUUGGUUGAUUUACUUGGAACGUAUAAUUGUGAAAAUUUCAUACGAAUUGAAGGUGAUCUUAUAAAUGAAGAGGAUUAUCUUCAAUCUAUCUGUUCAUAUAAAGGAAAUAUAUUUAAAGCGUACCCAUCUAAUUAUAAGUGCAUAAACAAUUUUCAGGAUAAUAGCAAUAAUCUUUCAAAUUAUAAUAACACAUAUAAGAACUUCUGCUUAACAGAUAAAAGUUGGUCAUUCAUAAAAGUUGACCAAGGAGAAUGGUUUCUGAAUAAUACAGUUGCUGUGCUGGAAUCGACAUUAGAAACACAUCUAAUUAACAGAACACUGUUUGAGUUUUUUAUUCAUCAUUUAGAAAAUUAUGGAAUCACUAAACAAGAAGUGUCAGCAAAACUUCUUAUUUUGUUAGUAAAAAGCAAUGAUUCGUCUAAAAUCACGAGUUUAUUAAGUCGGUUGUCGAGUGCACCUUUAUCGGUAUUUGCUAAAGUUUUUUUUUCUAUCCUUAUGGAAAGGUGUUCAAACUCUUCGUAUGAAAAUUUUACGGCAGGUAUGUUAAAAACAUGUGGUCUUGAAAUAGGUGUUCAACCAUUACAACAAAUUACAAAAAUCAAUGAUUAUCGAAGUGAUUUAAUUUCCUUUGACCUGCUAUUUCUUCUUGAAUAUUUUUAUACGCAACUAACCGAGCAAUCCACGUCUUAUCAAUUCUGCAGCAUGAAAUUAGAAAUGAAAAUAUUUUAUUGGUUUGAUAUAUUACUAAGUGCAUAUUUUCAGCAGUUGCUUUUGUCAAAAGAUAAUAAAGUACUUGUACUACUUUUGAAGUGGUCGGAAUUAAUUUCUUCUUAUAGGAAUCAGAUAAAAGUGCUUGCAGAAUUAAUAACACGUCUGUAUAAUCUGGUUCAAAAAGAAAAUUGUAUAGAAAAUUCAAACUCUUUCCUCUGGUAUGGCAUUGAAGAUUUAUAUUUUUGAGAUAAUUAUGAAUUCAAGUAAAUCAAAAUAUUUUAACAAAUAAGACAAAAUAUACACGUAAUUUUAUUUUAAUUCAAAAAAAUUCAUCUGUUACUUUUGAUAUUUAUGCGAUGGAACCUUUUUAUCCGAUAUAAUAAAAUUUAGUUUAAAUUUCUUUGGAAAUUAUUUGCUAAUUUAUAAUAAAGAAGUUGAACUGUA